UCACGUUCGUUGCGCGAUUCCUGUAGUUCUCGAAGAAAUUAAAAUAGGCAACUAAAUAUUUAUGUAAGUAUUGUAAGUACUGAGUAUGUACUUAUCUAUUCUGGCAUCAGAGUUUUUGUUUUAAAUGACGAUUCUUCUCCAUAUUUGAAUCAAUUAUUCAUAUUGCAAUGGCAGAUUUUAUUCCGACGCGAGUGUCGAAAUUAGUAAAAAGACAUGCUGUAGAAGAAUUCAUAUCGGUUAAUUACGAAGCACCCAUGAAGAAACCAAAAAAGAAUUGUAAAAGCGACGAAGAAAAAGACGUACAUACUGUUAACGAAAAUGUGAAAGUGAAUGGAAGAGAUAAAGAUAUAGAUCAGAAGAAGAAGCAGGACCUAGAGAUGAAGCGGGUCAGAUAUGAGGUUAUGAAGUUCGGUAUGUCUGGUUUUGAAAAAGCAAAGGCAAAUAACGCAAAAGUUCAACUCGCUAUAAGUUUGGGUGCAAAACCUUUUAAAAAUAAGGCAAUUAAUUAUAAGACAUUAAAACAUCAAAGAAGCACGCAAAAGGAAAUGCAAAAAAACGAGGAACAUGUAUCUGGACUUGAAAGAAGCAUGAAGAAACAUAAGACUAUUAAAACUAAAAAGAAACGUUCUAGUGGUAUCUUAGAUGAUUAUGGGAAAGUGAAUAAAAAAACAGAGAAUAAAAAGAAAAGAUGAAAUUGCAACUGUAAACGUUUAAAAUAUUUUUAGUUGCUUCAUUGCAAUUGAUACAACAUCAACUAAUUAUGUCUAA